CUUUUUCGGCCGCCCCAACGAUCUGCUAUGAAAAUCCCCAGAUCAGUUUGUCGCCUGUUCAGCACCUUUACUGAGACCUCCAAAUCACAAAGAGCUACGAGUUAUUCGGGCUCCCUCAGCUCGAUUAAGGAGCUUCACGCCCAGCUUAUAAGGACCCAAAUGCACAUGGACCCAUCUUCUAUCUCUCAAGUUAUCAAGCAUUAUGCUCUUUCUCCACCGUAUUUGCACAAAGCCCAUUUCGUUUUCAACCAAAUUCAGGGACCCACAUUGCUAGUAUGGAACCACAUGAUCCACGGUCUAUCAAAGAGCCAUCGACCCAGUGAUGCAAUUCAUUUCUAUAAUAGCAUGUAUUGCCAAGGAAUAAAGGGGAGUAAUUUGACUUUCAUAUUUGUGUUCAAGGCUUGUGCAAGAGUUUCUGAUGUUGGGCAAGGCCAGAAGGUUCAUGUUCAUGCUAUGAAACUUGGGUUCGAAUCCUAUCUUUUUGUUUCCAAUGCUUUGAUUCACAUGUAUGGGUGCUUUGGGGAGUUAGCUAUUGCACGAAAGGUGUUCGAUGGAAUGCCGGAAAGAGAUAUAGUUUCUUGGAAUUCUUUAAUUUGUGGAUAUUGUCAAUCUAAUAGAUAUAAGGAAGUCCUUGAUCUUUUUAGGGAAAUGCAGGCUUUAAAAGUGAGUGCUGAUUCUCUGACAAUGAUGAAAGUUAUUUUAGCAUGCAGCUUUUUGAGUGAAUGGGAAAUAGCAGACUAUUUGGUGAAAUACAUUGAUGAACAUGGGGUUGUGGUUGAUGUCUACUUAGGAAACACCUUGAUCGACAUGUAUGGACGCCGUGGUAUGGCGGAUUUGGCAGGCAGAGUGUUUUAUCAGAUGAAAGACAAAAAUAUAGUAUCAUGGAAUGCCAUGAUAAUGGGGUAUGCAAAAGUAGGGAAUUUAGUUGCUGCAAGGAAGAUUUUUAAUGAUAUGCCUUCAAGGGAUGUGAUCUCAUGGACCUCCAUGAUCACAGGCUAUUCUCAAGCUAAGCAACAUGCUGAGGCAGUGAAGCUUUUUCAAGAAAUGAUGGUGUCUAUGGUUAAACCAGAUGAAAUAACUGUUGCUACUGUGCUUUCUGCUUGUGCCCAUCUGGGCUCACUCGAUGUGGGAGAGGCAGUUCAUGAAUACAUACGCAAGAAUGGCAUCAAAUCAGACGUUUUUGUAGGAAACUCUUUGAUUGAUAUGUAUUGUAAGUGCGGCGUGGUUGAGAAGGCACUGCAGGUUUUUAAUGAGAUGAAAAAUAAGGACUCAGUGUCCUGGACUUCCAUUAUUUCAGGUCUUGCUGUGAAUGGUUUUGCCGAUUCGGCUCUUAAUGUCUUUGAUCAAAUGUUGAAAGAGGGCAUUUGCCCAACUCAUGGGACUUUUAUUGGGGUCUUACUAGCUUGUGCUCAUGUGGGAUUGGUAGACAGGGGACUGGAACACUUCGAGAGCAUGGAAAACAAAUAUGGACUUGCACCAGAAAUGAAGCACUAUGGAUGUGUUGUGGAUCUUUUGAGCCGUUCUGGCCAUCUGGACAAGGCCUAUGAUUUCUUAAAGAAGAUGCCGAUGGUUCCCGAUGUUGUAAUAUGGAGAAUAUUAUUAAGUGCUUGCAAGCUUCAUGGAAAUGUGAACUUGGCUGAGAUCGUCUUAAAGAAGCUUCUUGAAUUAGAUCCUAGUAAUAGCGGGAACUAUGUUCUCUGUUCAAGCACAUAUGCAGGUUCAGACAGGUGGGACGAUGUUUUGAAGAUUAGAGAAUUGAUGGAAGUGACAAAUGUGCAGAAACCAUAUGCUUAUAGUUCCAUUGAAGAGAGAACAUAAGCAUAAACAUUCAUUUAACUCGAUGCCAAAAACUUGACCAACUUGAAUGCUUCUCCAAUGCACUGGUUUACUGGAUCAAUUACCUUGGUGCAGUAUAAAUACCCUCCAUACGCAUUCAUUUUCUCGAAGGCUGAACUCUCCCAAGCUAUAUGGAUUGUUCUUGAUGAUCGAACCUAUAUAGAUUUCUCUAAAACAUUUGAAAGCAUCCUUCAAGGUAACUGUGGAAGGUUUUAUAUGUUCUACUUUUGCCUAUGUAUGCUUCCAUCCCCUUUGUUCAGUCAUGCUUUGCAUCCAACGGUGAAAAUCACCAAAAAGAAAAGAAAAAAGCUUGUUCUUGAAUUCUUGAUCUUGUGCCACUGAUAAACAACUCAUGGAGGACACUGAUAUUAUCAGAGUUGAGUCAGAGUACAUUCUUUCUGGAUUUCUAUUAGCUAAAAAAUACUUCCAAGGGAUUGGUAGCCUGUCGGCUUUGAUAAACUGUUUGAAACAGAAGAAUGAGAUCAGAAGAUCUAGCAGAGAUAGACCAAAAGUUGAUUCAGAAAAAGGUUUCACGCUGUAGGCUCUGAUAAACUGUUUUCAAUCCUAGUGCAAUCAUU